AUGUUACCCAAAACACCUAGCAUGCACCCAACACACCCAGCAAAUGUUAACACACACCGGCAAAAUGCACCCAACACACCCAGCAAUGUACCCAACACCCACCCAGCAAGCAACCCAACACACCCAGCAAAUGACCCAACAACAACCCAGCAAUGCACCCAACACACCAGCAAUGCCACACACAACCAAGCAAAGCAAACCCAACACAACCAAGGCAAUGUGCACACACAGCAUAGCAACCCAACACCCACCCAAGCAAAUGUACCCAAAACACCCAGCCACAUGCACCAACACCCCAGCAAUGUACCCAAAACACCCAGCAAAUGCACCCAACACACCCAGCAAUGUACCCAACACACCCAGCACAUGCACCCAACACACCCAGCAAUGUACCCAACACACCCAAAGCAAAUGUACCCCAAACACACCCAGCAAAAUGCACCCAAUGCACCAGCAAAUGCACCCAAACACACCCCUAGCAAUGUAACACCCCACAAACCAGCCAAUGCACCCAACACACCCAGAAAACCAAACACCCAGCAAUGUACCAACAACACCAAAUGCACCCAAAGCACCCACGCCACCCAGCACAUGCACCCAAACACACCCAGCAAUGUACCCAACACACCCCAGCAUUUUAACACCUCACCAAGCAACAUGCACACGCACCAGCACAUGCGCCCAACACACCCAGCAACUGUAUCCAAAACACCAGCAAUAUACCCAACACACCCAGCAAUGUACCCAACGCACCCAGCACAUGCACCCAACGCACCCAGCACAUGCGCCCAACACACCCAGCAAUGUACCCAACACACCCAGCAAUGUACCCAACGCACCCAGCACAUGCACCCAACACACCCAGCACAUGCACCCAACACACCCAGCAAUGUACCCAAAACACCCAGCAAUGUACCCAACGCACCCAGCACAUGCACCCAACACACCCAGCAAUGUACCCAACACACCCAGCACAUGCACCCAACACACCCAGCAAUGUACCCAACACACCCAGCAAAUGCACCCAACACACCCAGCAAUGUACCCAAAACACCCAGCACGUGCACCCAACACACCCAGCAAUGUACCCAACACACCCAGCAAUGUACCCAAAACACCCAGCAAAUGCACACAACACACCCAGCCAUGUUGCCAACACACCCAGCACAUGCACCCAACGCACCCAGCACAUGCGCCCAACACACCCAGCAAUGUACCCAAAACACCCAGCAAUGUACCCAAAACACCCAGCACAUGCGCCCAACACACCCAGCAAUGUACCCAACACACCCAGCACAUGCACCCAACACACCCAGCAAAUGCACCCAACACACCCAGCAAUGUACCCAACACACCAAGCACAUGCACCCAACACACCCAGCACAUGCACCUAACACACUUAGCAAAUGCAUCCAACUCACCCACUAA